AGCAAAAGCCUUCCAAUGGCAGAGGGAAUCUUAUUGAACUUGCUGGCUCCCACCCAUUCUGCUCCCUUUUUCCUUGGGACAAAUGAGAAGAACCUGUCUCCAAGUGCAAUAUUUUGGGGGUGUGUAUCAGAGUAAGAGAUGCCUGACAGUAAAACGUCCAUCUUGCCCUGAUUUCUGUCUGGGGUGCUGCAAUGUUGAGUGAAAUAACCUUCCAAGCCAGCUCCGGUGCAGAUGUAUUUUGGCUUAUGUUAUUGCUGGGAGCUUUCUCUCUGAUGAGCUUUUUCUGCCUCUCUGUGUUCCUGAUCUCUGGCUCUCUUCACUCUUUUUUUUCCUUGGGCUGGGAUGUGUGCUGUCUGUAAUGCAUCAGGAAGUAAUACGCAAUGAGGAAACUCUCAUCAUCUGUGCAUCAGGGAGAGAAUUAUUGACUGAGUGCUGAGCAGUCAAGUUAUUGAUUCAAACCAUAGCCCAGUCUCUCCGUCUGCCGCUUGGAGUGGCUGGUUACGUCCUUCUGGUUCAUUGCAUUUAAUCGGAUUCCCUGAGCUGCCGCGCAGAGGGAGAGAGUUAGAACCAGAUCCAUCUAUAAUGUUCGCUUCAAAAUCCAGUUCCGUAUCCCCUUCUCCAUCCAUGGAGCAGGCAGAUUCAGAUGCUCUGGACAUCAGUACCAAAGUGCAGCUGUACGGCGUGCUCUGGAAGAGACCCUUUGGGAGGCAGUCAGCCAAAUGGUCCAGGAGGUUCUUCAUCAUUAAGGAAAGUUUCCUGCUCUACUAUGCUGAGAGUGAGAAGAAGAGUUUUGAAAGCAAUAGAUACUUCAAUAUCCACCCCAAGGGUGUCAUACCCCUGGGAGGCUGCAUCGUGGAACCCAAAGAAGAGCCCAACAUGCCUUAUGCCAUAAAGAUCUCUCACGAAGACUUCCAUGGUAACAUUGUUCUAGCAGCCGAAUCAGAGUUUGAGCAGGCUCAGUGGCUGGAGAUGCUACAGGAGUCUGGAAAAGUGACCUGGAAGAAUGCCCAGCUGGGAGAAGCCAUGAUCGAGAGCCUGGAAGCCCAAGGACUGCAACUGGCCAAGGAGAAACAGGAGUAUUUAGAUAAGCUAAUGGAAGAAACAGAAGAGCUGUGUCUGCAGAGGGAGCAAAAAGAGGAACUCGAGCGUCUGAACCAGGUCCUGGAAGCAGAGAAGCACCAGUUUGAAGAGGUGGUACGGGAACUGCGGCUGGAGCAGGAACAGAUCAAACGGGAGCUAGAGCUCACAGCCCGCUCCCUUAAAGGAGUGGAAGAAGAAAAGAAAGAGUUGCGAAGCCUGACACAGUCCUUACAGAAAACCCUAGAGGAGCUCUCACUGGAAAAGCAGCAAAUGCUGGAGAUGCUGGAAGAAAACGAGAGCCAGCUCCCACCUCCAACCAGCCCCAGCAAGGAGCAAAGCCCCAUCUGGGGACUGCACUGCAGCCUGCGACAGAUUGAAGAGAAGAUGCAGCAACUUCUGGAGGAGAAACUCCUGGCAGAGAAGAGGAUGAAGGAGAAUGAGGAGCGGUCCCGAGUGCUGGAGGAGGAGCGGGAGUUUUACUCUUCCCAGUCGCAAGCGCUGCAGAACUCGCUCUCAGAGCUGACUGCGGAGAAGCAGCAGGCGGAGAGAGACCUCAAGGCUGAGGUGAAGGUGCGCAUGGAUCUGGAGAAGAGACUGAGAGAAGCUGAGGAAGCGUUGCAGAGCUUGGAGCAAGGCUUAGACUCUCUGGAUUGCAACAAGGAGAAAGAGGAGAAGAUGAAAGCAGAUGUCAGUAACUUAAGAAAGUUCUUCGAAGAGUGCAUCCGCAAUGCCGAGCUGGAAGCCAAGAUGCCCGUGAUCAUGAAGAACUCUGUGUAUAUCCACAAGGCUGCCACUCGUCGCAUAAAGAGCUGCCGCUUCCACCGCCGGAGAGCCAGUGCUUCGUGGAAUGACUGUAGUGAAGCAGUCCCAGUCCUUCAUCUUCUCGCACACAGAAGCUGAAAACAUCGAGGAGCUGAAAGAAGCAGCCAAAAGACUGAGCCGGGACCAGCACUUCAGGGAAACUCUUUAUCAGAUCAUGAGGUCGCAAAAGGAUGAUUCUCUGGGGGAUGAAAAGUGACUCUUGUUGGGAGGGGGCUUCUGAUCUCAACUUGCCAUUCAGCUCCGCAAAAGUUACGCCAUUGGGCGCCAGGGUCGGAAGGGAGAUUUGCCCUUUGGUGGGGAAAGUGGGGGAAAGUUGUGUGUAGGCAAUUCCCUCAGUUAGUGGCUUUACUUUAGUUUGAAUGCUCCCUGUAGCCUGAAAGACCUUCUCUGCUGAUCACUCCAGAUCCGUUUGCUUCAGCUGCUUACGUUAAGCCACGUUUUGCCAAGAUACCACGGUCGGUGUUAAAGUGAACCACAGACCGUAGCUUAGGAAGUGCCUCUUCUUUCCUUUCCUGUCUAGUCUGUCUGCCAAACACAAGUGCUUCUGAGAAAGCCCUUUAUCCGCCUAUGCUCCAGCUAGUGUAACCUCCCCAGUAGGACACAGCUUACCCUGUUCUGCCUGAUCCCCUCUAGGAAAUGGCUUGCUGCACACCCCCAGUCAAUGAGCACUUCGGCGGGGCACGUUUCCUGGCACAUUUCCUGAAGACUACAGCAGUCCCAGCCUCCCAAGCACAGGCAAUAAUAUCAAACACAGGGCAACCUCUUGAUGCUACAUCAUUUCAAGCAAACAGUAGCAACACAAGUUGAAGACAACCUGAGGAUGCUGUGGAUUUGGCUCCAAGGAGGAUCGUGUGCAGAGAAGAGCUUAUAGGUAACUCAGUGGCAUCGAUGCAAGCUGGAGGGAGGGUUGUGUUGUGUUGACUGUGGGCAGAACAUCCUGGGGCCACCUUUGCACUUUUUUUGCAUUGGGACAUCUGGCUGUGUCACUGCCAGAAGGAGGAGCAGAGCUGUGAGCUGUGGAAGAUGUUAUCUAUAGGCAGAUUCAGUGUGGAGGAACCUUUGACUGAGCUCUGAUGGCUUCCUCAUCACCUCUGUAAAACAAGCUGGAGGACAGGUGGGUGAGGAGUGUUCAGCAACAAAACCCACUACCGCUUGGAGAAUUAAACAUUGUCAGCAGCAAGCUGUCAGGGCUGUGGAGGUGGGGAAAGUCAUCUCUGUAUGUGCUGCAGUGAAUAGCCUGUACUCAAGGCUUUGUACUGCUCUCUGCCAGUCCUCUUAAUUGCAAUCCAGGCUAUCAUGGUCAAACUGGGACCUCUGGCAAGUCAAGGCUGGACUGGGAGAGGCGCUGUGGACAGCCUAGUCAGAGUUGGGCUUCUGGCUGGCCUCUGUCCCCUCCCAAGUGCUCACCAGGUGGUUAUUGCAGGGGAGGAUUUGCCCUGCUUGUGGUCAUCUUGUAUGUUAUAGGAGAGGAAUCCCUUUGUUGUGGAAACCUUGCAGCCUCUCCCACCUGUUUUAAACAAGCAGCUGGCUAAUAAUUACCCAUGCUAUAGUAACAGCACUGCCUGGUGCCUACAGAGCAUGUGACAAGCACGCUCAGAGUGAUGCUGUUAUCCCCGUGGUAUAAAUUGGGAAACAAAGGAAUAAACAAUUCAAAGGUGAAUGAAAUUAGCAACAGAGGUACAGUUAGGGCUCAGGGGGUCUUAAGUGCAGAUUUACCAAGGCUUUCAGGGCUGUAACCCUCAUCAGUACCCCUGGGUAUUACAUAUGUCCAGUGACACUGGGGUAGCUGCUUACCUCUCCCAUGCAGACUGUGACACUGUCCAGUCCCAGGCUUUGGCUGCUGGCCACCUAAGUCAUUCCCUACCAAUUCAGUGCUGUUUCUAGGGAGAAGUCAAGGAUGAGGCUGGGAAGGGAGCCCUGGCUUGUCAGCCAGAGGAGAGGCGUUGAUGCUGGGUGGAGGAGCGUACUGGGAGGGUGUGAUGCUCCUGGAAGCAGUUCCUCUGGUGUGACCAGAGGAAAAGCAUUGAAGGCACAGCCUGUACUUUCCAUUUCAGGCAGUUGCUGACCAGAAUCCUUCUGCCAGGCAAUGGGAGGUUUUAUAGAAUCAGAGGGUCCAGCACUGAAGGCUGACAUUUUUGUGAUGACAGGUCAUGCGAUAGGAAAAGAGAAUUUGCAUCCCUCCUUAGCUAAUAUACCUGAUCCUUCUGUGGUUUUUCCACUUGUGGUUGCGUGCUAGAAAGCCACAAAUGAAUUCUUGCUCCUACAAGGCUGAAGGGCUGUGAGAAAGCAAUACAGAGCUGGUUUUCCCCUUUACACUGUCCUCACAUCAUCUCUGGCUAUUUUCCAGUUACAAGGUCUAUACUAUGUGAUGCUGGAAGGGACAGAAAAAAGGACACCCAGGGAGGGUAUCUGUAAUUCAGGCAGUUAGGAAAAUCACUUUGUGGCUUGUGAAUGCAGCACCUUUGAUCUAUUACCAUCAAAAGCCACAAUAUCAGACUUUACAGAAGUAUUGUACUCAGGAGGUAGCCACAUCGGGUCUUCCUUUACUGUGCAUAUUGACAGCAAUAAAAAAAUAAAAGUUAUGCUAA